AUGAAGUCUAUUAAAAGAGUUUAUGAGGAAGAUUCAGACACUUCUUCACUUAGCAGUAACCUUCUGACCGAAACUGAAGACUCAUUAAGUGAAGGUGAAGCUAGUAGCACCAGUAGCACUAGUAGUCUUAGUAGCAUUGGCAGCCUUAGCAGUUCAAUUAAUUCAAUUAGAAGAAGUACAAGGAUUAUCAAAAAUACUACGAUUAAUAACAACAAUCCUGCCGCUGAAAAACAAAAACAACUUUUAUCCAAAAAUAAUAAUAAUAAGCAACAACAGCAGCCAGAAACAAAACUAUGUGAAUCGUGUAAAAUAUUGCAUUUGAACGUGCAAAAAGUUGGUAGUCUUGAUUUAUGCUUGUAUUGUCGAUCAUUAUUUGAUGAUGAUAUUGAAUUUCGUUCUCGACGUGCUCAAUAUGGUUUUGAGUUGUAUAAACGUGUUAAAGUGUUUUAUAGUGAUGGCGGAUGGUAUUCAGCUACUAUGAUGGAUGUUAAGGAUGGCCGAAUUCGUGUACACUUUGAUGGUUGGAGUGAUUAUUUUGAUGAGUGGAUACCUGCUGGCAGUCAACGAAUGAAGGAAAUGACCAUCGAAGAAAUAGUUGAAGCACAAAAAAAAUUGGAUAUUAUGAAAAAGGAUGAGGGAUUGAUCGAACAAACUGAAAAUUUUUAUAAAUCUCUAUUAAAAAGAAAUAAUAAACAACUAAUCAAUAAUUAUGCAAACCAAUCUUCUUUUGAUUUUUAUUUUGCAAGAAACACACGUCGUAGUGCCCGUAAUGAUGUAAUAUUAACUGAUGGUAAUAUUCUUGCAAAGUUAAAGACACGUUUCAAAUUAGGUAAUAAAAUUGAAGUUCGUGAUAGAUUGAGGGAAUGGAUGCCUGCAACUAUAAUUGCAUCAAAAGGUUGUAGAAUCUUAAUUCAUUAUGAUGACGUGCCUGCAUUUUAUGAUGAAUGGAUAGACAUCACAAGUGAUCGACUACGUGUAAGACAAAUAAUUAAGGAACCUGAUACCUAUGCUCAUCAAAAUUCCUCCAAAGCUAUAUCAUCAUCAUUACAUUUGAUCAAUAAAAAAGAUAGACACCAACGAAAGAGUGGCAAAUAUGAUAUUAAUGAUGAUAAUAACCAGGUGUCUCACUUGGAAUUUGUCGUAAAUGGUGAACGAAUUGGGAGUUUUGAAG